UAAAGAAACUAAAUCGACGAACAAGUCCACGUGUCACCGUUGCGGGAAUGAACAGCACACAGCAAACCGGAAAUGCCCCGCCAGCGGUGUCGAAUGUCAUUACUGCCACAGACGAGGACAUUUCAGUAAGAUGUGUAACAAGCGCAGACAAGUACACGAAAUAAACGAGGAACCAAGUCCUGAACACUGUGAAGAAGAUUUUAAAAGAUUCUUUAUGGGAUCGCUUGAAGUCAACGGGUUACAGAGUUCAAGUCGCAACAAAGUGAUUACAACCGUUAACGUCACAACACGGCCAUUCCACAAGAAAAUGACAAGGUUAUCAUGUAAACUUGAUACGGGCGCAGAGACCAAUGUUAUGUCUAAAACAGACUUCGACAAGAUAAUCGCUUUACCGAAAGAUAAAGUACUCGGGCCACCACAUAUUCUAACCGCGUAUGGUGGACAGGAAAUCCGUUGUAUCGGUACAUGUGAACUGUACGUACACUACAAUGGGAAUACUAUGAAGGUACCCUUUACUGUAACAGAUGUACAAGGGCCUGCCAUGCUUGGAUGCAACACGUGCGAACAACUUGGACUCGUUACAAUCAACUGCAGCAUUGAAACAUUCAACAAGCAAAAAGGAAAAUGGAAGACAUGGGAGCCAGCAGUAGUACAGCAACAAGCUAGAGAACCAAGGUCGKACCUUGUGAAAAGGCAUGAUAAUGAAACUGUAUAUCGCAGAACAAGGUCUGACUUGCGACCGGAUACAGCAGUACAAAAGCAAGAUACACCACCAAAGCCACCAGCAGAUGACCAAGUACCACAAAGUACUAGUGGCAUGGACACGCCCUCAAACUACACAACUAGAUAUGGACGGGUUGUCAAACCAACAACAAAGUUUGACUUGUAG